UGUCCACUCUCUGCAUAUGACUUGACAAUCUGAUUGUCAUUUGAGAGACAACCAGCUCUUCUUCACCAAGAAACUAGAAUUACCAUAAUGUUGAAAAUGAUGGUUUUUUUAUUUUUUUUAUUUUUUUUAUAUAUAGUGUUAAAUUCUACCUUACCAGAUUCAUCAAAAACCACACAAAUAGCUAAAGCAUACUAGGCAUGAAUGAUGAGUUCAAAAUCAGAGCUACAACAUAUUCUUCCGGAGCUUGCUUUUUCAAUCCAUAAGUCUUUACACUUUGUUUUCUUGGUCAACAGGCAGUGAAAUGCUACACCUAGAGGGAUAGAAGAGCUAGCUUCAGUACCGUUUGUUACGAUAGUUUGGGAGGAUGCAUGUACAUGUGUCCAUGACAUGCUUUAUUGUUUUGUAAUUCUUGAAGAAAUACAAAAGAAAAGCCAAAAGGUAAUCAAUAAAAAGAAAAGUCAGUUUCUUCAACAAUGAGGUACCAAAAUUACCAUGCAUGGUUGUGGCGCAAACGCCUAGGCUCCGCACUGCGGACGAGUUUGGCUUGCAUCAUAGUAGGCUGCACCACACUCUAUGGUCCGGUACCUCUCCGGCGGUUAUUAACCUACCCGGCUUUCUCUUACGUGACCACCAUAUUGGUUGUUUCGGAAGCAACACUUGGUGACACCUUGAGAAGCUCUUGGCAUGUUCUCUAUGCCACGGUUCAGGUUGUGAUCCCUUCUAUGCUUAGUCUCUGGCUGAUUGGACCGGCAAGGUUUAAGAACGAAUUGGUGGCAGCAGUGGCAGUGGCAAUCAAUGCGUUUUUGGUAGCGUUGCCGGAAUCAACACACUUGAUGUCAAAGCGGAUUGCUUUUGGUCAGAUCGUGAUUGUUUAUGUAGGCACUGUGGUUCAUGGUUCGCAAACUGGUGUUUUCAUGCACCCAAUUCAUGUAGCAUCAAGCACUGCUGUUGGAGCUUUGGCUUCUGUUUUGGCUAUGUUAUUUCCAUAUCCUCGGCUAGCUUACUGUGAGCUUAGGAAAACAUGUCGGUUGUAUGCCGAAAAUGCAUCCGAGAGGAUGACACUUAUGGUGGAGGCCAUAUCUGCCCAAGACCAGACAGCUGCAAGGGAAUUAAUUUGUCAAGAAAAGGCUCUCUCCAAAUCUGGAGCUAGACUCCUUCAAGAUAUCAAAAAUAAUCUGGGAGGCAUGAAGUGGGAAAGACCACAGUUGAAAUUUCUAAAAGCUAAUGACAUAGACUUGGUAAAGAAAUUGCAAGAAAUGGAAUUACCUUUAAGGGGGAUGGAGAUAUCCUUAUCUUUUUGCCCUUCAAUUCCUGUUCAAAUGAUGGAUGAUGGACUAAAGCAUGUGUUACAUGUUUCCAAAGUACAAGCUGGCUUAAAAUUAGAGCAAGCCAAGUGCUCAGCACCUUUUGAUGGAACUACAGCUCCAGAGGGCAAGGGAGAAACUUUAGACAGACCUAUUUGGACAACUAAAACGACCUCCACAACCCAAGAGGAUUUGUCAGCUAUGUUCCUCUUAUACUGUAUGGCACUUCUCACAGAUGGACCACCAGUUUCCCAAGAUCUUCCAAACAAUCUAAACGAGGACAGUGAAGAAUCAAAGGAAAUACUAUACAACUUCCGAAAGGCCUGGAGCAAUCUCAAUAUAAGAGCAAGAAGCCAGAAAUUCAGUUUUGCACUCAAGUGCUCACUGUCAUUAGGUCUUGCUGUAUUCUUUGGAUUGCUUUACCAAAAAGAAAAUGGAUAUUGGUCAGGACUCACGAUUGCAAUCAGUUUUGUAACAGGAAGGCAAGCCACAUUUAAUGUUGCAAAUGCUAGGGCACAAGGAACGGUGAUGGGAUCAAUCUAUGGAAUUCUAUGUUUAUUUGUAUUCCAAAGAUUUUUGGAGCUAAGACUCUUAGCCCUACUUCCUUGGAUCAUUAUCUCCAGUUUCCUAAUUCAUAGCAGAAUUUAUGGCCAAGCUGGUGGGUUUUCAGCAGCUAUAGGGGCACUAUUGAUUGUGGGUAGAAAAGAUUAUGGCGCUCCAAGUGAGUUUGCAAUUGCUAGAAUUAUAGAGGCUUCAAUUGGAUUACUCUGUUUCAUUUUAGUAGAGAUACUCUUGAAUCCUGUGAGAGCAGCAACUCUUGCAAAAACUGAACUUUCACAGAGCAUAGGAGCACUUGGAGAUUGCAUCAGAAAUAUAACUCUUUGCAGCCAGCAGAAAAACAUGCCAGCCUCUAAGCCAUUGAGUGAUAAGCAGCACCAGCUUACACAUCAUGUCAAUGAACUAGAAAAGUUCAUUCAAGAAGCACAACUGGAGCCUAAUUUUUGGUUCUUGCCCUUCCAUGGUGCUUGUUACACUAAGCUCUUGGAAUCUUUAUCAGCAAUGGUGAAUCUUCUACUUUUCAUUUCCUAUCAAAUAGAAUUCCUCACAGAAGCAUCACAGAAUUUUGAAGGUCCUUUAAGGGAGCUACUACAGCACAUGAAUGAUGAUCUAGAGCGUUUCACUAAGAAAGUUGGCUCUUCCUUGAAAUCCCUUCAAGAGGCUACUUCAGCAUCCUUUCAAGUAUUCGAGGAAGCCUCACAAAGGGAUAAUACAUCUCAUGACAUUGAGCUUGGAAAGUCAUCAAAUAGAAAUGCAUUUAAGCGUUUGACUACAGAAAAUAGAGAAGUACAGAACAUUUUAAGUUCUUUUCUUCAACACUUGGACGAAUUUGAUAAGAUAUGCAUAGAAGAAGGUAAAGAGCCUAAGAGCCAAAUGGUUCUCUGUUCGACAGGCCUGGGGUUCUGCAUCCAAAAUGUAGCAAGGGAAACUAUGGAGAUCGAAAAUCAAGUGAAAGAACUGGUUCAAUGGGAGAAUCCGUCAAGUCAGAGAAAUUUAUACAAAAUUCUCUGUAAAAUAAUUUGGAUGCAUACCUAAUAUCAAUAUCCAAUG